GGAUCGAAACCCUUUAAUAUGUUGCAAUAUGACCAACUUGAUCAAAUGGAAAGCUUCUCAAACUGAACUCAAAGAUGUUUCAGGACAAUGCUAUGACUUUGAUGCAGUCACGAAAAUCACUGAAUUUGACAUAUCAAACUGUACUUUUCAGGUGGAUGGUCAUUGGGGAUCUUGGUCAACAGCAUCAUGUUCAGUGCCAUGCGGGAGUGGCGAAGAAUAUAGGAAACGAAUUUGCAAUAACCCCUCGCCUUCAAACGGAGGAAAAUAUUGUGUUGGUAAUGACAUCGAACUAUCACAGUGUAACUUAGGAGAUUGUCCAGAAUCCUGCAAACAUGACAAAAACACAGAAAAGAAAUCAGAUAAAAGCUUGCAGAAGACAAGGACAUGGUUAGGAAUCCUCAUCAGUGAUUUUGAUUUGACUAGUACAAAGAAAUAAAAGAAGAAGGUUAAUGGACUUCAUGUUUCAACAUGAUGGUGAAUGAAUGAAUGCAGACUUUGUUUUUUUUUCUUUGAAAUAUCAUUUUGAAGGAUAAUCGGUUUGAUUUAUUCUGAUUUCAUUUAUUACAUGUAUCGACUACGUCACUUUUAUAAUUGGAAAAAUUGAGGUUCAGCAUGUUCAUUGGUAGCUUUCAAAUACUAAAAUCUAAUUUCGUUUAGAUAUAAUCGUUGCUAACAUUUACAUUAUUAUUUUGUUUGAUAUUAUUUGAUGUUGCAUUGUGGGGAUAUACAUAGAUACAUGUUGACAUUUAUUUCCGUGGGAAUGAUUAUUUUAUUUUUACAAUAAAAGAUGAGCUGAACUUUA